UGAGAGCUGGUCAGAGACCAAACUCCCAGCAACUACGAUCUACCUACAAUCUGCAAUUCAACGACUUCAUUAAUUACAAGCCAUGGACAGCAAGGGCAAGAAGACCUCUACGAGCUCACCCAGCGCCCAAGACAUUCAACCCGGCAACUCUGGAUUACAUACUUCAGGACUGCAAACCGAGACCAGCGCUGCUCAAGAAACAACAGGAAGAGCACCGGAAAUGGUGACCCCAUCACCCUCUUCAAGCGUGGAUCCGAACUUUAUGGAAAGGUUCUUCAGCUUCAUGUCGCACUUUGACCAGCAGCAGCAGACAAGGACACCUGCGCAUUCAAGACAGAGCAACGGAGGAAACAUGGGAUUAGCGCCGAUGAGCCUCGACAAUUCAUCGUUCAAGCGACACAAUCAAGCGCCUACCUUUGCGCCUUAUCACUCUUUACCGGGGACGUUCGAGUUCAUGCCGCCCCGCGCAGUUUUCACACGUGAUUAAACUGCAGACAUCAUUACCAUUCAACGGACAUGAUUUCUUUACCUGGAGUUUUGAGUUCGAGCUGCUGACGGAGGCUGCGCAUCUCUUGGGAUACUUCAACGGGUCCCUGCCAUUCCCAAGCAACGGCACUGCAAAAGAGCAACAAAUAUUUACUUAUCAG